AAUAUUGUAUGUACAAGACUUUUAGAACGGCUCGUCAGCUUCAUGUUACUCAUAAGUGGCAGCGUUUGUUUUGCUUGAAACAUUGGUUUCGAAUAGGUAUAGGAUUUGGAACCACUAUAUGUAUAUAUCAAUAUUAUAAGAGAAAGUCUUUUGCACUUUGUAAAAGUCAGGAUCCACAACCACAGUCUCACUCGUGUGUUACGAGAAGGAAAAAGUGUUUUGAGGAAGAUAUAUUAUCUUUCCUUUGUGAAGUUUCUUUUCUUAAACAUAAUAGAGAAUUGCAUACUCUUGACAAGAUCAACGUUCUUUGUUUGCUUGGUCCUUCAGCAACAAAAGAAGAUAUACUUCCUUAUCUGUUAGAUUCCAAUAGGAUACUUUGUAUGGAAACAAUACAAGAAGGAACUGAACGAGUUAUAGGUGAGAAGACUUGUAUUCUGUUCAUAUCCAUCGACGAGUUUUCUGAAUCGUUGAAGAGACGACAACUUGCACAGAUAAAAUAUUUGUUGAGAGGUUUAGCUACUUGGAACUGUGCAGCUAUGGAUGCUAUAAUAACAAGGAAACGUUUUCUUUUGUUUCAUCGUCUUCUUUUCUAUUUUGGUAAUCGUUUAUCUGAGACAGCUCAUGCUGUGCUUAUUUAUUCACCAUGGGAUACAACAAACAUCGUCCUACAAAGAACUAUACAAGUAGCCAUGAAAGAAGGUAUCCCAUUGCUGAUACUUUCCGACUGUUAUCGAAAUUCGUUUGAGUCAAGAAUAGAAGAAUUGUGCUUUGAAAUGAAGCGUUGUCUGAUACAACGUCUCGUAUUCGAACAUCCUGUCAUAAGAUAUUUGCAUCCUUUCAUAUAUGGUCAAAACUGGAUAAUUUUUCUAUUUCAACUCGUCAUUAUGGGAGUUUAUUAUUGGUGGAAAGCUCAUUCGAUGGGCUAUAAGGAUGGAUUUGAAGAUGGAGGUUACGAGUGGAAUUAUCGGUUGAUUGGUAUGGACUUGGAUUCUAUUCCCUAUCGAGAUGAUGAAUUGUGGGAGUUUUGUUAUGGCUCAAGUUCUGUUUUCAACUGGUAUGUUGGUGAAUCAGAAAGAAUGAGUUGCUUAUUGCAAUCCUUGAAUAAGUUUCCUUUUCUUGGUUUGAAUGAAAUUUUCUUGUACAAAAAAUACAUUCGUUUAUUGUUCGUCGAUGGUUGUUCUUAUUUAAUUGCUAGGCUAUUUGACAGUUGUUAUGACCAGAAUAAUGAUGAGAUAAGACAACAUCACCACUCUAUGGAAAAUGACUUCAUUCUAGAGAAACCACACAAUCGAAUCUAUGUUCUAGAUGGAAACAUUUCUAUUUGGACCUUGCCAUGGAGCCAUGUUAUUGAAAAGGUUUCUAUACGAAACUUUCUUCAUCACGCAACUGUAGAUUGGGGAAGCUUCGAUUCGUUUGGAAAUAAGCCAUUCCUGUGGCAGUUUUUUAUGAAUGGGUUGCUUACUAUUUGUCAGCCAAGUAUUCUCGCAUCUAGAUGGAAUAAUAGUAUGUAUCGGGAUAUAUUGAUUUCGUCUUAUUAUUAUCAUCAAAAUGUAUGUCGCUUUCUAAAUGGAAUAGAUGGAAUCAUACUUCCUAUUGGUUUCUCAAAGGGUGAAAGUUUUAUGAAAUUUGGAAAAGAUUUGAUAGAGGAAUGCUUAAAGCAACAAAUACCUGUAUUCUUUGUGGAUUGUUUCGGUAAGGAACAUUCUUCCGAAAUAUCCAAUAGAUUAGGAAAAGCGAUAAGAAGAACAAUGAUCCAAAGAGCCUUGAAGAUACAACAACAAAGAUACAUUUCUGCUCGUACACAUUUCUUCUUAUGGCUAUAUACUUGGAGAUAUGAUAGGGCCUAUCUUCAAGGUUAUCGACAAGCUUGGAUGCUUCGGAUGUCAUCACAUGAACCAUGUGACAAUCCGAUAAAAGAAUAUUGAUGACUUUUUUACUUUGAAUACCCAACAAGAACCCUUUGUGCUUUACAAUGUUAUAC